CUUGAAGCUAAAGUAUAUUUUUCACAGCCGGAUCAUGAUUUGCAUCCCUGCUCUCAACUUGUUCUUUUACAACUGUCUAGUGGUUUACAUAGCCAGAAAAGUCAUACGGAUUAUCAAGGCUCCAUUAACAAAUGCGAAUGGUUGGUGCCGGAUCCCCCUGAUCGGCAGAAUCUUCGGUUCCCAGCAACCGGACACUCUUGAUGAUGGGUUAGAAUUCCCGGAGUUCGAUGUCGCCCUGUGGAACGUGAAUUUGCACGUAAACUUCUUGCUUCUUCUGCCGGCACUCUUCCAGAUCCAUCACUUCACCUUGCUGGUGGCCCUAAUUCUCAUGUGGAACUUUUACGUCUACCAGCGUCUAUUCGCUUUCUAUCUGAAGCUCGUGUGGCACUUGUGGUGGAGCGAUCUUGGUUGGGUCUACUACGCACCCCUGGUCAUUUUCGGACUUGUUAUGAACACACUGCAUUUGAGUUUGAUCAUCGGAACAAUGAAGCUGCAGACGAAGAGCCCCCAAGAUCCUUUGCCCCAGAUCCAGUUGGAAUCUCCUCCACAACAGGAGCAGAAUUCAGUGACGAUUGGUGAUGGCCCAGAACGUUAAGGUCGGAAAAAUCUGAAACUGAACGCCGGAGCCCAGGUUCAGCCGCCUUUAACUGGGUCGCCAUCAGUCAGGGACUUAACCUUGCGGCAUCUACAAAUACUGGGUCGUUGGUUCAACUAAUAAAUAUGCCAGAAAACGGCAGACACACAGAUACCGGGCACGCACACACACCCGCACUCCAGGACAUG